UAUUAAAGAAAGAUAAUGAAGUAGUCCCAGAAAGAUCAGCUGAGCAUGAGCCUCCCCUUACGAAUGAUACGAAAGAAAGAGUGAGUGGUGCAGAAGCCAAGCCUUUACUAACAACUACCCCUAUCAUUGCGG